UAAUAAAUCUCUACGCUUCUCUCUAUGCAAUUACUCCUUGAGAGCAUCUCUCUCUAGAAUAUUGAGUAUUGCUGACUUGAGCGUCGGAGUGUUUUUCCCGAGGAAACAACCUCAGGAUUUUCAGGUGUAGAAGCAGCUGAGGACUUCAACAGUGUUGGACUGCGAAGCUACCGAAACAUUGGCGCCGUCUGUGGGAAACUCGAACAAAAAGCUGUGUGACUUAACCUGUUGAAAAACAAAAUGGUCCAUACCUUUACAGGAGGACGCCCUCCAAGAAAUGAAAUAGACGAACAGGAGGACGAUCACGUAUCUGAGGCCAGCUUGAAUGACUUUAGGCCGAUGCCAAGAAAUCUUUUUGUAGGAGGAGCAGAACAGGAUCACCUAAGUGAGACGGAUGAUGAAAGAACACCAACUGGGUAUGCAACCCAGCCUGAACAGUUCCAAGCUCCAACAGGAACGAGACAAAGAUCUGCCAGACCAAACAAUUCGCAGCGUGAACGACCUGAAAGGUCAACAGAACUUGCUCGGACAACCGAGCUCGAAGAGAGAACCAGAGUUCUCGAAAUGGCAAUGGGAAGAAUCCUUGCCCGCUUAAUCCCUAAUGACCCCCUGAUUCCUUUGCUGAACAGGGAUGCACAACCAGCUGCGGUUGUAGCGGCUAGAAACUCACCCGCUCUAAGCAAUAUAGUAGUGCCGACCAGGCCGAGGGGAAGUGGGAAGUUGAAUAUUGAGCCCAGCUCGCCCAAAUAUAGUGAAGAAUUGAUGAGAAAGAACGCAGACCUUGAAAGGCAACUACGGGAUGUACAGAAAUCCAUUGACGAGCUGAAAAGCCCUAGGUCGCACCAACAGACCUUGGAUUUGGACAGUGCUCCGCUGAACCUAUCCAUCACCGCAGAACCAUAUCAAGAGGGAUUCAAAAUUCCCCACCUAGAGACAUAUGAUGGCACGAAAGACCCGGAUGAACAUCUACACACCUAUCAAGCCAUCAUGAGGAUUCAAAACGCCAAUGAUGCCAUGAUGUGCAAAGUGUUCCCGGCGACACUGAAAUCAACAGCCAGAAGAUGGUAUCACAAACUCCCCAGACAUUCAAUAGAUUCAUUUUCCCAGCUCGCCAAACUGUUCUCGAACAAAUUUCGGUUCAAUAAAGCCACAUUGGACAUUGAUAAUGUCCCAGACACAAUCUGCCUGUCCGCCCUGUUGCAUGGGUUGAAGCGUGGCCGGUUCCUAGACGACCUGCUUGAAAACCCACCGAAGACGUGGAAUGAAGUGAAUGACAGGUCGGCCAGCUUCAUACUGUCAGAGGAUUUUCAGUUGUCCAAGCGACGAGCUGACGAUAAGCCGAGCAGAGGCCAGGAACAACCACCGAGAAAAGAAGAGAAGAAGAAGCAGAAGGUCAGUGAGCAAUGGGGAAAACCAGCUGAGUUCCCGAAAUAUGCCAGUUACAUUCCUUUGACCUUACCUAGGUCUCAAAUCCUGGCACAAAUUCAGCACUUGGUUAGGAGGCCUCCACCCCCGCUACAUGAUUCCCCGAGGGCAGAUAAGAGCAAGCAUUGUGACUACCAUCGUGUAUAUGGUCACAAUACAGAGGACUGCCAACACUUGAAGGAUGAGUUAGAGUUUUUAGCUCGUAACGGGAAGCUAGAAGGGUAUAUUCAGAAGCCACACGCCCAGCAACCCACUCAAACCCAUUUUGUGCAGGCGUAUGACCGACCUCAAGGACAGAGGUACCAGCAUGGAGGGACGCAGGAUGCAUAUCAGGAUAACCAGAAUAACAAAGCUGUUGUUUGGAAGAAGUAUGACUGGGACUGGGAGAAGUCACUUGAAAAUAGCUUUUCUAAAUCAAAAUGGCUAGACCAUUGUCCUUUUGUUUGGCCAUCUGCCAUUUGUCCUCCUGACUUCAAUUGGAUUGAUAAUAAUUGAACAGAGAGAAUAAAUGAAAAGAUUAGAA